CUACUUUAUACAGUGGGGCAAAACAUUUAUUCAGCCAAUGAUUGUGCAACUUCUCCCACUUAAAAUGAUGACAGAGGUCUGUCAUUUUCAUCAUAGGUACACAGAAUGUGAAAAAAAAAUCUAGGAAUUCACAUUUUAGGAAUUUUAAAGAAUUUAUUUGUAAAUGAUGGUGGAAAAUAAGUAUUUGGUCAACCAUUCAAAGCUCUCACUGAUGGAAGGAGGUUUUGGCUCAAAAUUUCACGAUACAUGGCCCCAUUCAUUAUUUCCUUAACACGGAUCAAUCGUCCUGCAAACUUAGCAGAAAAACAGCCCCAAAGCAUGAUGUUUCCACCCCCAUGCUUCACAGUAGGUGUGGUGUUCUUGGGAUGCAACUCAGUAUUCUUCUUCCUCCAAACACGACUGUCACACCCCGCCUGGGGUGAAGAUAAUGUAAUCUUUGCAAACUGGACUUUAAAUCAAGGAUGCCAAGGCACGCAGUGGUCACAGUUUACAAACAUUUAUUUAAAAUCCCAAAAAGUGUCAAGAGGUGAACAAAAACAGGAAGACAAAACACCCACAAUCUCAGUAGUUGGUUUGAUGUAUGAACCUCGAAACUCUUGGUCAGGACCGACAACCUCCUCUGGCAGUGACAGACAGCAGACUACAGAAACAUGACAUUUCCCCCACUUAAAAAGCCCAUAGCUGAGACCAAUUUGACAGGGGGAAUUAAGAAAUCAGUUAUUUUGUAAUUUACACCAUAAGUAACUAUCACAUGUCUAAAAAGUAUUCACAUUGUACUUUUGUAUUUGUAAAGCAGUCAUUUUUGUACCCAGUGUAUUCAGGCUUAGAAAACACAACUUUCAAAUGUCCAGUGUCCCUCUUCAACACCCAGUUACUGACAAUCAUGGUUUGGCCCAAAUUAGGCCUAAUUAGUCCAAGCAGGUGUGCUCACCUACAUAAAGGCCUCAGCCCCUUCCUGACUCUUUUAGCCACACCUUCAGAGCCAUGCUUUUCUCAACGAGAAACUGGCGGCGGUGGCGGAGGAGAUAUUCGGGGCCGUCGAAAAGACAAUAGACGAGUACAAAGAGGAGAUAUGCCGUAUGAAGGACCAGGAGAUAGGCCGCCUUAGGAUGCAGCUCAAACUCAUCAAGACAGAUCCAUGCAUUGGAGUAGAACUGCAGGAGCACACCCAUCACCACCAGCCUCCUCCUCCACCUCAGCAGCAGGAUGAAGCAGCAGCAGCAGCAGCAGACAUGGAGGCCCCACACAGUGAAGAGGAAGCCAGCAGCAGCAGUUUGGAGCAUUUUAAUGAGCCUGCUCGGGUGAAGACGGAGCCCCAAAGGAACCACAAGGAGUUCUGGCUGGGCCACGGCUCCGAGGAGCAGCUGGAGGAUUUGGAGUCGGACAUUAAAGACUUCAUGUCCACCGCCUCCAGCGUGAAGAACAGUUUGCAGGACCUCCCGGCUCUGCCCUUCUAUUUGUACCACAACAGCAUGGGCGAGGAGGGCAAGGAGAAGCCCUACGGCUGCAGCGUUUGCGAAAAGCGCUUCGCCAACUGCUCCCACCUGGCUGCUCACAUCAGGACGCACACGGGCGAGAGGCCCUACAGGUGUGACAUAUGCAGGAAGAGCUUCGUCACCACCAGUGCCCUCAACAGACACCAGACCAUACACACCGAGGGCAAACACUACGUGUGCAUUUACUGCAGUAAAGCCUUUAAAUGGAUGGAGUCUCUUGGCAGGCAUGUGAGAAUUGCGCACAAGAGACAUAACGCCCCUGAAUGACCUCACAUUUAUUUCAAAUAAGUAGUCAGUUUAAUUGUGUACACAAUUGAGGGUUUGAAUAGGGGUUCAUGGACUCAUGCGUCAGUAGUAAAAAGAACAAUCCAUCCAUUUUUGAUACUCUUUCGCUCCAUUGGGUUCAUCUGUAAGGUGAGGCCUUCCCCCAGCUGACAUUUGGGGCGAAAGACAGGGUUAGAACUUGCAAACGUCACACAUGAAUGUUCCAAUGGCGAUUUAAAGUCCUACUGAAAGCCACUACUAGCGACCACGCAGUCUGAUAGUUUAUAUAUCAAUGAUGAAAUAUUAACAUUGCAACACAUGCCAAUACGGCCGGUUUCCAUCCAUCCAUCCAUCUUCUUCCGCUUAUCCGAGGUCGGGUCGCGGGGGCAGCAGCCUAAGCAGGGAAGCCCAGACUUCCCUCUCCCCAGCCACUUAGUCUAGCUCUUCCUGGGGGAUCCCGAGGCGUUCCCAGGCCAGCCGGGAGACAUAGUCUUCCCAACGUGUCCUGGGUCUUCCCCGUGGCCUCCUACCGGAUGGACGUGCCCUAAACACCUCCCUAGGGAGGCGUUCGGGUGGCAUCCUGACCAGAUGCCCGAACCACCUCAUCUGGCUCCUCUCCAUGUGGAGGAGCAGCGGCUUUACUUUGAGUUCCUCCCGGAUGACAGAGCUUCUCACCCUAUCUCUAAGGGAGAGACCCGCCACCCGGUGGAGGAAACUCAUUUGGGCCGCUUGUACCCGUGAUCUUAUCCUUUCGGUCAUGACCCAAAGCUCAUGACCAUAGGUGAGGAUGGGAACGUAGAUCGACCGGUAAAUUGAGAGCUUUGCCUUCCGGCUCAGCUCCUUCUUCACCACAACGGAUCGGUACCGAUCCGUACCAGUACGGCCGGUUUAGUUUAUUAAAUUGCAAUUUUAAAUUUCCCGUGAAGUAUCCUGUUGAAAACGUCGCGGAAUGAUGACGCGUGACGUCACCGGUUGUAGCGGACAUGUUCCUCCAGCACCCCUCACGGCUAAAAGUCGUCUCUUUUCACCGCAUGAUUACACAGUAUUCUGGACAUCUGUGUUGCUGAAUCUUUUGCAAUUUGUAUAAUUAUUGAUGGAGAAGUCAAAGAAGAAAGAUGUAGGUGGGAAGCGGUGUAUUGCAGCUGCCUUUAGCCACACACACAGCCGGUGUUUCUUUGUUUACAUUCCCGAAGGGGAAGUUUUACUAUGGAACAGAGCGGUCAAGUGAACAUGGUUCCUGACCACAUGUCAACCAUAAGGUUUCGGUGAGAAAAUUGUGGUAAUAAGUCGGCUCUUACCGUAGACAUGAGCGGAGCUUGCGUCCUCCUACAGCUGCGGAUUCUCUUACUUCCUCACACUGGAGAUACUGGCGGUCACCACACCCGUGGCCAUACCCCUCCGACUUUCAGGCACCAUAUAAUCUCACUUAAACACUAGUAACACAAUAAGCAGAUAAGGGAUUUUCCAGAAUGAUCCUAGUAAAUGUGCCUUUUUUUUUUCUCUUGUCCUUCACUCUCAUUAUCCUCAUCCACGAAUCUUUCAUCCUCGCUCAAAAUAAUGGGGAAAUCGUCGCUUUCUCGGUCCGAACCGCUCUCACUGCUGGUGGCCAUGAUUGUAAACAAUGUGAGGAGCUCUUCAACCUGUGACAUCACACGCACAUCGUCUGCUACUUCCGGUACAGGCAAGGCUUUUUUAUUAGCGACCAAAAGUUGCAAACUUUAUCGUGGAUGUUCUCUACUAAAUCCUAUCAGCAAAAAUAUGGCAAUAUCGCGAAAUGAUCAAGUAUGACACAUAGAAUGGAGCUGCUAUCCCCGUUUUAAAUAAGAAAAUCUCAUUUCAGUAGGCCUUUAAACUGUGAGGCUGGGGCGCUAACCCUUGCCUACUGUGGCCUAAACAUUGUGAUGAUAAUUCAUGCAUCCACACUCUAUACCAGUGGUUCUUCAAAUUUUAAACAAGUACACCUCAGAAAAAAACUACUCUGCAAGUACCACCAUAAUGACCAACAUUUAAAAAUACAGUACAGUAGUAGGCAUAAGUAGUCAUAAAACACAAUUUAAGAAGUAUAUUUCCUAUUUUUGGCUGUUAACAUUACAGACGGGCAACACGGUGGAGCAGGGGUUAGUGCAUGUGCCUCACAAUACGAAGGUCUUGAGUUUUCCUGGGUUUAAUCCCGGGCUCAGUAUCUUUCUGUGUGGAGUUUGCAUGUCCUCCCCGUGACUGCGUGAGUUCCCUCCGGGUACUCCGGCUUCCUCCCACCUCCAAAGACAUGCACCUGGGGAUAGGCCCCUCCCACCUCCAAAGACAUGCACCUGGGGAUAGGCCCCUCCCACCUCCAAAGACAUGCACCUGGGGAUAGGCCCCUCCCACCUCCAAAGACAUGCACCUGGGGAUAGGUUGAUUGGCAACACUAAAUGGUCCCUAGUGUGUGAAUGUUGUCUGUCUAUCUGUGUUGGCCCUGCGAUGGGGUGGCGACUUGUCCAGGGUGUACACCGCCUUCCGCCCGAUUGUAGCUGAGAUAGGUGCCAGCGCCCCCGAGACCCCAAAAGGGAAUAAGCGGUAGAAAAUGGAUGGAAUAUAAUAAUAAUAAUUGUAUGCAUGUUCCAUAACCAGGGUGUACGCCGCCUUCCGCCCUAAUGCAGCUGAGAUAGGCUGAGUAGAAAAUGGAUGGAUGGAACAUUACAGACAGUUUUAACAGUAACACUGUAUUUGAAUAUAGGAAAAUCAAACUACUUCAAUCAAGUCAUUAUUUGCAUAGCAUGGUUUGAGAAUCACUGCUCUACACAACUGUGUAUACAAUACAAACAUGUCAUGCUGAUGUUCUGACCACUGUACCACUGUACUGCCCUAAACAUAAUAUUUGUAAAGUCCAAUUUAAUGAUUAAAAUAAACAAGUGGCAUCUAUUUAAAAAGAGAGUUUGUAUUGUUCUCCAGUAAUAGUUUAGGCUUUAAAGAAGAAAAUGCCAAAAUUGACUACAAACCCUGUUUCCAUAUGAGUUGGGAAAUUGUGUUAGAUGUAAAUAUAAACAGAAUACAAUGAUUUGCAAAUCCUUUUCAACCCAUAUUCAGUUGAAUAUGCUACAAAGACAACAUAUUUGAUGUUCUAACUCAUAAACAUUUUUUUUUUUGCAAAUAAUCAUUAACUUUAGAAUUUGAUGCCAGCAACAUGUGACAAAGAAGUUGGGAAAGGUGGCAAUAAAUACAGAUAAGGUUGAGAAAUACUCAUCAAACACUUAUUUGGAACAUCCCACAGGUGUGCAGGCUAAUUGGGAACAGGUGGGUGCCAUGAUUGGAUAUAAAAGCAGCUUCCAUGAAAUGCUAAGUAAUUCACAAACAAGGAUGGGGUGAGGGUCACCACUUUGUAAGCAAAUUGUCGAACAGUUUUAGAACAACAUUUCUCAACGAGCUAUUGCAAGGAAUUUAGGGAUUUUACCAUCUAUGGUCCGUAAAAUCAUCAAAAGGUUCAGAGAAUCUGGAGAAAUCACUGCACGUAAGCGAUAAUAUUACGGACUUUUGAUCCCUCAGGCGGUACUGCAUCAAAAACAGACAUCAGUGUGUAAAGGAUAUCACCACAUGGGCUCAGGAACACUUCAUAAAACCACUGUCAGUAACUACAGUUGGUCGCUACAUCUGUAAAUGCAAGUUAAAAUUCUGCUAUGCAAAGCAAAACCCAUUUAUCAACAGCACCAAGGAACACCGCUGGCUUCGCUGGGGCCGAGCUCACCUAAGAUGGACUGAUGAAAAGUGUUCUGUGGUCUGACGAGUCCACAUUUCAAAUUAUAUUUGGAAACUGUGGACGUGGUGUCUUCCGGAACAAAGAGGAAAAUAACCAUCCGGAUUGUUAUAGGCGCAAAGUGUAAAAGCCAGCAUGUGUGAUGGUAUGGGGGUGUAUUAGUGCCCAAGGCAUGGGUAACUUACACAUCUGUGAAGGCACCAUUAAUGCUGAAAGGUCCAUACAGGUUUUGGAGCAACAUAUGUUGUCAUCCAAGCAACGUUAUCAUGGACGCCCCUGCUUCUUUCAUCAAGACAAUGCCAAGCCACGUGUUACAACAGCGUGGUUUCGUAGUAAAAGAGUGCGGGUACUUUUCUGGCCCGCCUGCACCUGUCUCCCAUUGAAAAUGUGUGUCGCAUUAUGAAGCGUAAAAUACGACUAAAGCUCUACAUAGAAAGAAUUCCGCUUUCAAAGCUUCAACAAUUAGUUUCCUCAGUUCCCAAACGUUUAUUGAGUGUUGUUAAAAGAAAAGGUGAUGUAACACAGUGGUGAACAUGCCCUUUCCCAACUACGUUGGCACGUGUUGCAGCCAUGAAAUUCUAAGUUAAUUAUUAUUUGCAAAAAAAAAAAAUAAAGUUUAUGAGUUUGAACAUCAAA